AAGUUCAUCAAAAAAGAAAGAAAAAAAAAAAACAAUUAGUUUGCAGGCAGCAAUCAGGCACUCGAUGACUUCACGCGAGAAUGGAACACACAGGACUGCAGGAGAAUUAACUGCUACUGCACCUGGCUCUGGCUCUCGUGUAACAACAACGGCAAGUGCGGCUGCGAAUGGAACUGGAACUGGAGCUGGAGCUGGAACUGCGACUAUACCCGCUGCCACCUCUUCUGCCGCGUCUGUGACCAACGAGGGUCUGGAGCCCCGUAAACGUGGACGACCAAGGAAAAAACCACUGGAUUCUCAAACACCCGUCAAGGCUCUUUAUCCCCCAGCAGAGCCCCGAAAGCGCGGUCGACCUAGAAAAAACCCUGUGGAUUCACCCAUGAAUGCGUCUUCUUCUUCAUCUUCGUCUCAUGCUCAUCCUUCCAAUGCUGAAUCCAUCCCACCAGGAGAGCCCCGUAAGCGAGGACGUCCUAAAAAAGAGGGUCAGGAACCUUUGACAGCACCUCCGACGACUCUAUCUGAAGCAGAACCACGCAAGCGUGGAAGACCUAGUCAUUCUCUUCAUGGUUAAAAU